GCCUCCUCCUGCCCCCUAACGGAGGGCAAGAAAUAGCCCGGGCCUUGGCCCGAGCUGGACCUGCUUUCUCUCUUCGGACCUUCUUUCCCCGAGCCGGGAAAGGGGCGGGCGUGCGUCCCUUCGGACAGAGGCUGCAAAGUGGCGGCUGGAGCGAGCUGAAGGAGGGAGGCGGAAGCCCAGCCGCGUUCUCGUCGUCCCGCUGCCUUGCUCUGCGCCCCUCCGGGUGUACCGCCGCCGCCGCCAUGAGAUUGCUACGGGCGCUGCUGAGGAGCGUCUCCCCGCUGAACACAAUCCCCCAGCAGGUGGAUUUCUACUGCCGCUUCUCCCCGUCCCCGCUUUCCAUGAAGCAGUUCCUGGAUUUCGGAUCUGACAAUGCUUGUGAGAAAACCUCUUUUAUGUUUCUACGACAAGAGUUGCCUGUAAGAUUGGCAAACAUAAUGAAAGAAAUAAGUCUGCUUCCAGACAAUCUUCUUAAAACACCUUCAGUUCAGCUUGUUCAGAGUUGGUAUGUACAAAGUCUGCAGGAGAUCCUUGAUUUUAAAGACAAAAAUGCUGAUGAUACAGAAGCUGUUUCUCGUUUUAAAGAUACUGUGAUAACAAUCCGGAACCGCCACAAUGAUGUCAUUCCUACCAUGGCUCAAGGUGUGAUCGAGUACAAGGACAACUAUGGGGUUGACCCAGUGACUAGUCAGAAUGUGCAGUAUUUUUUAGACCGCUUCUUCAUGAGUCGGAUUUCAAUCCGAAUGUUGCUUAAUCAACACACUUUGUUGUUUGGAGGAAACGUUGAAGUUAAUCCAGCACAUCCCAAACACAUUGGAAGUAUUGACCCUAAAUGCAAUGUUGUUGAAGUUAUAAAAGAUGGUUAUGAAAAUGCAAAGAGCCUCUGUGACUUAUAUUAUAUGAAUUCUCCGGAACUUAUUCUUGAAGAGAAGAAUGUAAAAUCACCAGGGCAGCCUAUGCAAGUGGUAUAUGUGCCAUCACAUCUCUACUACAUGGUUUUUGAGCUUUUCAAGAAUGCAAUGAGGGCUACCAUGGAACAUCAUGCAGAGCGGGGAAUUUACCCUCCAGUUCAUGUCCAAGUUGCGUUAGGCGCUGAAGAUUUAACUGUGAAGAUGUGCGACCGUGGUGGUGGUGUUCCUUUGAGGAAAAUAGACCGACUGUUUAACUAUAUGUAUUCAACUGCACCACGUCCCCAUGUGGAGACAUCACGAGCAACUCCUCUGGCUGGAUUUGGUUAUGGUUUACCUAUAUCGCGCCUGUAUGCUCAGUACUUCCAAGGAGAUCUGAAGCUCUAUUCUCUAGAGGGUUAUGGCACAGAUGCUGUUGUCUUUAUAAAGGCUUUGUCAACUGAGUCUGUUGAAAAAUUGCCGGUGUAUAACAAAUCGGCCUGGAAACAUUACACAGCCAAUCACGAAGCAGAUGACUGGUGUGUCCCAAGUAGCGAACCAAAGGACAUGACAACCUUCCGCAGCACAUAGCAGCAGGAGGCCAUGCAAGCUGAGUCAAAGAGGGUCCUUUCGCCUAUGGUCAGCUUACUUAUUAGUACCACUACCACAUAUUUUAACAGGGAAGGAUGCAUCUCCCUAUCCAAACUGGUGUCUGAAAACCAUAUCAUUGUCUAGAGUUUUCUACAGUGUUCAUUUCUAACAAGUGGUGUUUUUCCGUCUUUGCAACUUAAAUGACUUCAGCAAAUGCACCUUAGACUACUUGAGCAAAGUCAAGAGGAUAAAAAACCCGAACAGUGUGCUCAAAUAUUGUUCUGCUUAACCACCAGCCAUUCCAGUGAACAAUUUGUUGUAUAUUUCCUUUAUACGCCUCCUCUGGGAAUCAGUUGCACUAGCACAGCCUUGUGCUCUCAAGGACUUCAGAAGGGCUUUACAAUGUGAGAGAAACAAUGUGAGCUUAUCUCGUUUGUUUAGUUUUUGUAUUAAACAUUAUGCGGAAUUGAUUAACUGGUUGCUGUCAGCGUAAACAACUCUUUAGCUUGAUAUUUAUAGGUAUAGAUUUACAGCUAGACAUAGAAGUGCUUGUGCUUCAUUUGUUUUGUUUUGAAAAUUGAACUGUUUUAAAUCCUUGUCAAUGAAAUAAAUGAUACUUCAAAGGACUUGAAGCACUUGGCUUGUCCAGAUGUAGUGUUUUCCCAACUGGGGAGAGCAAAGCAGAUCUUUUAAGGAUGCAGGGCCACCAUGUCCUCAGAAAGGAGUCUGGCCUCUGAGUUACUAUCAAGUUAAGUAGGCAAAAGAUUGUAGUCUUAUUUUUCCUCUGAGAUAUUAAUGGAAUUUAAAAUUGUACAGCUUGGGCUGAAUUUUCCAUUCAUGUUCAGGAAACUUAGUAAUGUUGAUAAAACCCUUCCCAAUAGAAUGCCACUCAUACACAAGUGUUGCCAAAUACAGUUGGUCUCACAGAGUUUGAUCACAAUAUGCGAGGUAAGGAUGGCAAUGCAUUAGUUUCUUUUCACAUUUAUUCUACUAUUUCCAUAGGACAAUAAGAUGUGCUUGCUUUCUAAGAAAAGAGAAAUUGGAACGUUAUAUUGUGUCAUUUUAUUUAUAUUCCUUUUAAUGAUUACAAUUAUGUUUUCCCUUUCUGCAAGGGAGAUUUGACAAAUGACUUAGGUUAUUAAAAACAAAUCUCAUUCCACUGAAGUCAGUUGAAUACUGAUAUCAUUGCUAAUCCUUUACUUUUGUAGUUACUUAAAGUGGUAUGUCUACUCAAAAAUAAAACCCUGUUACACAAGUAAAGGAUGUAACUUGAAACUGCAGACUUAAAUACAUUACAUCAUAAAUCCCAUUGAGUAUUACUGGACUUAGUGAGACACACACAGAGAAGGUUGGGUUAAUUCCCUCAGCUGAUACUUGGGAAAGCAUCAUACACACCCUGAGUGAUUUGAAGCCCCACACCACUGCAGAUUGGAUUUAGGACCUAUUUCCCAUUUUCAUUUCAAGUCAAAAGAUAACUAGAAUAUUUUUGUCUGACUGACUGAGAUGAAAGUUUCAGAAAACCAUCUAAGGAGGAGUGGUGUGAUGGCCUAGAGGUGGAGCUCUUGCCUCACAAUCAGGAGACUGAGUUUGAUCCUAGGUAGAGGCAGAUUUUUCUCUCUCUGGGCACACUGAGAAUGUAUCUGCUGAACAAAACUCCGUAUUGGUGACAGGAAGGGCAUCUGGCCAUUAAAACACUCUCCUAGUUCCAUUCAGUUGCCCAGAUUCCACCCUGCAAGGGAUUGUGGGGUCAUUAAAUGAUGAUGGUGAUGAUGAUUGGGUUGUGUGCAAAAUGAAACAACAUACUUUGAAAUUAAAACAAACCAGCCCCAUUUGCAAAAUGCCUGUUAACAGCUUUGGGGUUUCUCUCAUCAGGGAGGCUGUUGUUGAGCAUUAAUUAGUUCGUAGUCAUUGUACCACUCCACUUAGGGGUAGGAGACAAAAUCCUGUAUUCCAUCAGGAAUCUCGAAGAAAUAAUAUAUUGCACCUCUAAAAAAUAAUUGUUGGCCAGAAGAUGAAAUACAUCCUCUCUUCCAGCAAAAUGAGCCCUAGUUUAUAAAAAAUAUCACAGAUAGCUAAUCAGGACAAUUAAAACGAUAAGAGUGCAAAGCAGUUACAGUCACUAGAUCAACACAUAAAAUAAGCUGCUUUCUGCAAGUAAAAACCAUUUACUCACUACUAAAAAUUAGUUAAUUUCCUUCUGUGGUGCUUCGUUGUGUUCCAGUAUGGUUUCAAUUCUCAAGCUUUUUAUUUUGGAAAUGCACCUUUUUAUAUCCCUCUUCUCUCCCCCCCCCAUACUCCCCAGUUACUCGGACAGACUGACCCCAGGUGAUACGCAGUUAUCCUCCUCCGCAGUUGCGAUAGAACAUUUCAAAUGUUUGAUGGAACAAAACUUCACCUACUAUGAAUCUUAUUCCUAUAGGGAACAAUGGCCGAAUUAGCUUCAUUGUUUUAGUCUUGGAACCACCAAAGAAAGGGUGGUGGCAGUCCAUCCUGACUGCUUCUUACCACAGAGAAAAUAGCCAUGUUUAAAAUGUUUUUAAAAACCUGUAACCAAUAAUGAAGAAAACAAUCGUUCCGCAUAGCCAUAGAACAGAGCCCAGUGAGGAAGCAUCAUCCGUUGACUCAGGUCAGCAAUUCAUGGAAGAAAAGCAACAAAACGACAAAUUCCUCCAUAACAAAGGA